GCAAGAAAGGCCGGUGGCCAGAGAUGAGUGUAACAGAAGGUAAAUUAUAAUAUAGACAUCUUCAGAGAGAACGUGGUAAGUGUUAUUAUAGGCAUGAACAUUGAGUUUUGAGGUAGAGAGGAGAAUGAAUAUGCCAUGCGGCAAUACUCUGUAAGUUUUGUUUUGAUAUAUAUUUUUUUAAUUUUAUUUUUAGAUAAAAGGAUAUUCGUUUUCCAUAGAUGGCAUAAUAAGGUGCAUAUAGGAUUCUAAAGUUAUGAGGACAGUGAGAGACAUUUCCAUAAUAGCUGCCAGUGUUAAGAGUUUCAAGUAAAGCUUGAAGACUGUUCUUGUUGAAAUUGAAUAAGCUUAAUGAGAGAAUGACUUGGAAAUAGCAAGAAGCUAGUUUCUUAUUCACCUGAAUCACCUCUGAGAUAAUACUUUGAUAAAGACUUCUUUUUAGUUGAAUGCAUAUUGGUCUAGGAUAAUUAUUGGUGAUUAUAUGUCUUUGCAUGUGAUGUUUUACAGCUUGAUUAUUGAUUCACUUUUGUUGGAUUAUCUGGUUUAUGUUGAUGAUGAUAGUAGUUGCAUGUGAUGUUUUACAGCUUGAUUAUUGGUCAAAGUGCCUUUUCAGUUUAUCAGUAGCAUUUGGCUAACCGACCUGUGAAUGUUCUUCAUGAUCUUCUUGAGUUCAAAAGUGAUCGUGCUCCAAUACAUGUAGGGAAGGUUGAACCUGCUUCAGCUAUUGUGCAUCGGUUCUGCACUGGUGGGAUGUCUCUUGGAGCUAUUUCAAGAGAAACUCAUGAAGCAAUUGCAAUCGCAAUGAACAGAUUAGGUGGAAAAUCAAAUUCAGGGGAAGGUGGUGAGAUGCAAGCGGAGAUUCAAUUGCUUUCGCCACUAGUUCCUGUUUGUCAAUUGAGCUUCCUCAGGUUGCUGGUCCAUCAUGGGCACCCUUUGCUUCUUGGAUCACUGGUUGAAAGGAAGCUUCGUGAUGUUGAAGCACGGGAAGAUAACCUAAGGCGGCAAAUCAUUACUUUCAAGUUAGAUUGUGAUGAAAAGGACAAGGAGAUCAUACUUGAGAGGCAAUCCCUUUCUGAAAGGCAGAAGAUUUUACAGCAAGAACAGGAAAGGCUACUUCAAUCACAAACGUUUCUCAAUAUGAAAUAUAUACUGAUGGAUGCCACUCUAAGACAAAGAGAAGAGAGGCACCCGCACCACAGCUCGACGGCAAGUCUCGCAACAAUACUUUCGAUCUUGACUUUGAAGAAUGACUUCAAGCAGUUAGAAGCCACAACAGAUUGUUCUAUUUUAUAUUCACCAGAUUUUGCGGACAUGUCUUUGACUUCUUCUAUGGCAAUCAAAAUCUAUUGCUCAAUGAUAUCAAAGAAAUUGAAUACUGCUGAGUACUUCUGUGACAGAUUCAAUCUCAAGCUGCACACUGCUGGGAUCAUUGCUGCCAGUUUCGGAUUGGCGAAUCUUUUCUCCAGGCCCGGUGGAGGGGAAGGAUUAACUUAA